AAAUCCAUCCACGUUAAGAGAGAUGACAGCGGGACCAACCGCAUCUCUUACCACAGUUCGCAAACGGACAUCAAUCCUUAGACGUCUGAGAUACGGUUCAUACAAUAAUCGUUUUUCAGCUUCAAAUGUUUCAGUUGAAACAAAUUUUCAAACCAUAACCUCGAAGGGAAUCCUUUCUUAAAAUAAUUUUUACAUCAACGGCUGCAUUUUUUUCUUGUAAGCUGUUAUGGUCAAUGGUCAUUAAUGUUUUUAAGUAUUUACACAUCUAUGAACCUACCUAGUUUAAUACCGGUUUGUACUCUAGUUAUUUUAAGGAUGUCAAAAGUCAAUGGAUAUUGUUGGCAAACUGCUCUUUAUUGAAAGGCUGAACCAUUCGCUACAGUUUGUUUUAUGAUCGCUGUUUUGAGUUGUCAACAUUUUGUAUCAGACUUCUCAAUCAGGUAUGGAACUCAUUGUACUAAUUAUUGUAAAACCAAUUAAAUACAACUUGGAAAAGUAUAUGUGUAUACUGUAAUUUUACCUUUGCAGAUAGUUCCCUAGAAUCAUGUUGAAAAAGCAUCAUUGAACAAUAAAGAUCCUAAAAUAAUAUAUGUGAGUUUGAACAAAAGUUGUGUCACUUGUAAAUAGCUUAGCCUGCACAUUUCUACCGGGGUGUAUAUAAUAGGCUGUGGAAAAGCCAAUUACCAAGGCUGGGUUUCCUUUGAUAGUUUGGGAGACCUACCGACAUGCAGGUUUUCCCUCUCUGGGCCCUACUCUAUAAUGUCAACGCAAUAGACAAGGUCUACAUUUUAUUAUUGUGUUCGUGCGGUUAAUUUUUUUUUAAACUUUAACAUGUAAAUAAUAAUUGAAAAUUUGAAAUGCUUUAUUUGCCGACUGACUCGGGUUCAAAAAAGGCUCUUCAGUAAAACGAAGCAUCCCCGCUACCCCGAGUAUUCAAACAUGGUUCUCUUCUCGAUUCUAUCACAAAGUCAGUUGGUUUGAGAACUUUGGACUUACUGUGUGCAUGUAUAGCCUACAGUCACACUACUACUAUACGGUUCAUGCAAGCUGUAAAACAAACAAGCCCAUGAUGUUGAUCCAAGUAUGAGGUCACAAGAGGUCAAGUUGAUAAUUAUGUGACUUAAAGUGAAACUAGCAGAUCAAGCUGUUUCCUUAGAUUUUUUUCCCUUUUUUACACUACAGCGAUUCACCCCUUCAAGUUUCAAUACACACAUCAUACAACCACCAUGUGUCUGUUUAUCUAUCAAUUAGUCAUGUUUUAACGAAAACAACGAACAAUGAUUGUGUGUCACCAGAUAUUGCUUGCAUCUUUUUAGCACAUGUUUAUUUUGAAAUGCCAAUCGACAUGCAUCAGAAACAAUUUGUAUGUACUUCAAUUUGCUCAUUAUGCGCCUCUGUCAAUCUGGCAGAAAUAUUCCUUUAUUUGUGAACGUAUGAUGUUUCCAGUAUGGUAAUAUUUCUCCUCACUAUUGUAACCAAUGCUGUACUUCACCUUUAACACACUUCAAAAGCCAGCUAUCUAUAAAUAGACCUGGGUAAUUACAGACAUGAGCAACAUUAUGCAGACACUCCCAUAGCCCCACUAGUUUCAACCAGAGUGCCUAUAAGCUCACACUGUUAACAUCAGCGACAAAACAUAGUUGACUAAUACACCAAGAAAGGGAGAUAUCUGUGUUCAAAAAAGGACUUGAUUCUGUCUCAAAAGAUCAAACUUUCAAGAUGGCAGAAGGUUUUACAGCAGAGUCAGUCAAGGUCAUCCUGGGACACUUGGAGUGUUCCAUCUGCUGCACUCGUUACAAUCAACCCAAAAACAUGGAUUGCUCACACAGUUACUGCCUCAAAUGUCUCCAAGAACUUAAGAAAACUCAAAAUCCUGACACUAAUAAACUAAAAUGUCCUCUGUGUCAGAAAGAAACCAUCUUACCACUCGAUGGAGUGACUGGAUUACAAAGCAACUACCUUCUGAUUGCCCUGGUGGAGGAGGUAAACAAACAGGAACAGCUUCCACAUGGUGAAGAGUCAAAGGUCAUGUGUCAAGCUUGUGAUGAGGAAAACGCGGCAAUUUCACGAUGUUUGAAUUGUGAACAUUAUCUCUGUCUGGAGUGUCAUAAAGCACACCAACGUUUAGCUGCACUGAAGAAUCAUGAGAUCAAAACUUUGGCUGAAUUGCAAGAAGUUGAUGAAACCCAAACUGAAUCAAAGAUGAACAUCUCAAGAUGUGACAUCCAUCCCAUUCAAGAGCUCUGCCUCUACUGUAUGACGUGUGAGCAACUCACUUGUAAACUCUGUGCCGUUCAACAGCAUAAACAGCCAAUGCACAAUCUGACUGAUUUACUAACAGCUGUUGAAAUUUGUCAAACUGAAGCAAGCAAUGGUGUCUCACAAUUGCAAAGAAGCAAAUUCAAUAUAGCUGCAAUGCGCAAUAGACUGAGCUGCUUGUUUCAAGAAACAAAUAAUAAUAUUUCUUAUCAUACAGAACAGAAACUUGAACAAACUAGACGAGAAGAAAUAAGAUUAAAACAAAGUGCCAAAUUUAUGUACCAAAAAAAGGAAAAGAAUCUGGCAAAAUUGCAAUUUGCAGAGAAGACAAUGUCUCACACUCACGGCAUAAUGACUAAUAAGAAUCGUCUGGAAAUCUUAAAGAACAGACAAGAAUUUUUCAACAAAUAUGAACAUGAUGUCAUUGUACAUGAAGACCAAGAAGAAGAGUUGACCUAUGACCUCUCUUUUAUUGCUUUUUGUGAAGUUGAGAAUGAGGUUGAACUUGGGACACUUCUUAACAAAGAAAAAUGGGAAUUAAUGAGUGAAGUGGGAGCUGAUACUGCGUGUUUGUCAUCCUAUUCCACCGGUGAUAUUGUAGCUGUAUUGAGUUCACAAAUUAACAUACUGCGCCAACUUGGCAAGGAUUUUAAAACAAUCUCACAAAUUAAGUGUAAAGAUAUAUCCAGACCCACUGCUAUUGCAGUAAAUAAUGAAGACCAUCUCAUUGUUCUAGACAAUCCUAAUGUCAAGACAUUGAACAAGGAGUUUCAGCUUCUUCAUCAGUUCACUCCUGGUAAAGAGUCUGGCAGUAAACUCACAUGCCUUGCAGUAGAUGAGAACAAUCUGAUAGCAGUGGGUUAUAAAGACAAGGGAGAGGUUUCUUUACACAACCCCGAUGGAUCCCUCAUCAGAACACUGUCUGCUCCAGGGAUUGAUGAAUACAUGGCCAUAAGUAACCAGAGAAUCAUUUAUACUUGCAAUAAGAAGCUCAUAUUUGUUGAUUAUCAAGGUAAUAAGAAAAUUGAAACCACAAUAUUCGAAUGUGAUAAAGGGUUAUGUUGUGACAUAGGGGGCGAUAUCUAUGUACUUUAUCCUAAAAGAAUCCAACAUCUUAGUGCAGAUCAGGGCAAACAUGUUGAAUGGAUCGUUAUCAAUCAGACUGAUGGGGACACAAUCACAUGUACCCAACAGGGUAAGUUAGUAAUACACAAAAAUAAAUAUCGUUAUGUUCUCUGUGUUGGGGGUCUUCCCUUUUUAUUUAUCACAGAAUCGUGACACAAUAAAUGAAAACCCAUUAUUUCAUAAAGACAACACAUAAGUGAUCUCAGAAAAGAACCAGUAAACACAUUGAUUGGGAGUAGCAAUGAUCAACAUUUCCAGAUUUCAGAUUGGCAACGUUACAAUAGCAGACACAGUUUGUAAUAAUGUACAUGAAGACCAAGAAGAAUACUUUACUUAUAAUGAUGUCUCUUUCACUGCUUUGUGCGAAGUUUAGAGCGAGAUUGAAAUUGGGACACUUCUGCACAAAGAACAAUAUAGAUAUGAUUAGUGGAGUAAAACUUGAACUUGAUGAAAAGCUUGUUUCAUUAUUAUUAUGUAGAUCGAUAUAUAGCUGUCAACAAAUAUAAGUCAAAAGUUUCUCUUUUAAAUAUUUUUAAAAAAUUCAACUGCUCUGUUCUACGCAAAAUAAAACACAAUUAAAACAAACAUAAACGUCUUGAGACAUUCACAAACAAAUAACAUCAUUGUAUUCUGUAUUUAGGAUUAAUAUUUUGUAAAGGAUUCCUCAGUGUAGCUACAUAGGCGAAGUGUGGUCAUAAACACAGCACUUACUUCAUACGACCCGGGCCCAACUUGAUGGCUCUGCUUACCGCCGAAUUCUGCCCUUACGAUCACGAUUCCCCGCUUACGUCUUGUAAGCGUAGACUAACGUGGAGUUCGCAUGCGCGGAAGCCAAAAUUCGCCGCUUACCCGUGACAUACGCUUGCCGUAAGCACAGACUUCCCUGCUUCCGUAAGCGCCGAUUCUGUGCUUACGGUAAGCAGAGCCAUGAAAUUGGGCCCCAGUUUUGAUUAAUACCAGAACCGAAAUGUAUCAAAAUGUAAGGAAUUUAUUUCAACAUAUAAGAAAUAACACAUUUUGAAGAUCUAUCUCUCUCUCACCACAAUGUCUGAUCAUAAAAAGAUGUUAAUUUGUUGUCCUCUUGUUCUAUGAAGAGGCAACUAUGUACUUCAAAUUACACCAAAUAAAAGCCGUCUUUGAUGAGGAACAAUCAACAGUGUGAUAACAAGAAACAACUUAUCUCCAUUCAGUGGAGAUUCUGUUUCAAACCUAAAACAAAAAGCUCUUGCUUUGCAUGAAAUUAGCUUUAUAAAACUAAUCUAAAUGUUUGAGAGUAUGAAAUUUGCAUGACCACAAUAUGGUAUCCUGUAGGCAUGACAAAGCAUGCUUUGUGUAAUCAAGUGUACAAAAAAAAACAGAGAAAGAGAGAAGUUCGAUUAAUAUUACUUAUAAAGGUUUUUUGUAAACAGUAUGCUUAAUUAUUAUAAUUAUUAAACUCAAUACACCAGAACUCUUAAUCAAAAUGCAUUCUAUGGAUUUGUUUCGAACACAAAACUUUGUUUCGGGGAAACUCAUUUGAUCGUGAAACUGUUGUACAUAAUUAUUGCAAAACAGGCCUACUCAAGCAUAGUCUCCUGAAACUUUCUUUGUAAUUAUUUUGAUUUAUAGCUGGGAAAAUAUAGGCAGCAGACACAUUAGAGGCAAUAUUUUAUAUAUAACAAAAAAAAAAUAAGCAUUUUCACUUAAUACUAUGAUAAAUUAACAGGUUGGUUGAUGGUGUUUUAGUUGACAUUAAUUAAUACGGUUUUAAAGAAUGUAUUUUUCUAUCAUGAACUAAUGGAGCAAAGACGUACCGCUUAGGACACUGCAACUAAACACAUUAAUUUCUAGGAUAUUUCAUUCCAUACGUAAACUUCAUGCUAUCAUACAA